AUGCGAAUUUCCUUCGUGUCGGUGGCCACACAAACAAGUCCUUUGGACUUGCGUGACAAUGCGGUCUCUCGUUCCAUCCGAGACCACAAACCUGGGGGAUUGCUGGAAGGGAGAUUUGAAAUAAGGGGAUUGGAGUUUGUUAACUCUGAUUUGGAGGGUCUAAAAAGCCAACAAUCUCCCACCCUGAGUGACCUCCUGGCCGUGCUUCCUGAGGUGUAUGAGGUACCUAACUCUUUUAGUCUCAGGGACAAGAACACCUGUCCAACUCCGGUGGAGGACGAGAACGAAGAGGAGGAGUCCUCACCUCUCGGAGCCGUGGCUGGGACCUCUCCAGUGCCAUCGACUCCGGUCUCACGAUCCCGUGACGAUCUCCCAGCAGAGAGCACUCCUGUGGUGAAGAUCCCGGACAAGAAUACAUCAUGUCCGUGUUGCGUCACAAGAAAUCUCGAGCGGAUUACCGUCGCUCGCCCUAAGACAGGUACAAAUAUGAGAGGGGCGCAUCGUCGGUGCUGGACCGAGGAUGAGGUUGAAUUAUUGAGAAAGCUGGAUAAACAAUAUGAGGGGCAGAAAAACAUCAACAAGUUGAUUGCAGAGCAUAUUCCGACCAAGACAACGAAACAGAUAAGUGACAAAAGACGGGACCUUCAUAAGAGCCCGGUGAAGAAGGGAAAAGAUCAAGGUCGGAAGAAACAUCUAGAAUUGGAAGGGGAACACCUUGCGGAAGGGGAACAUCUUGUGUGCGUUGGAUCAGAGAUGGAGGGGGGACUGAGGUCCCAUUACCGGAAGACAAUCUCUGAGUGGGUAACAUCUGGAAAAUUGUCCAUUCUCCAUGGAAUGUUUCAGCGGGUGAUCGAAGGGGAAGAAGAUCUAACAACAGUUGCUGAUAAGGCAAUGGAAGACUGUUUCGCAUGCCUUGCCUUUAAGUCCUCUGAGUUGAAAGCGGGCCAGGGUCGACCGCGUCAAGUGGCCCAAACUGCUCGGCCUUCGGAACCACCAAAGGGGUGGAUGAAGAAGAGAGCUGUGAAACGGGGGCAGUUCCUACGGUUCCAGCGGCUGUUCUACCUGGAUAGGGGGAAACUGGCCGGUAUUAUUCUGGAUGACGUGGAAUCCCUGAAGUGUGGUAUCCCACAAGACGAGAUACACAACGUGUUCAAGUCGAGAUGGGAGUCACCGGGAACAUUCAAGGGCCUGGGAGCGUUCAGAUCCAAGGGGCUGGCGGACAACUCGGCAUUCGAGGCCAUGAUCACGGCAAAAGAAAUCUCUAAAAACAUCCAAGAGAUGAAUAAGAACAGUGCGCCAGGACCAGACAGACUAAGUCUGCGGGAUAUCAUUAAGAUAGACCCCCAUUUUCUCCAGUUAAUGGAAGUAUUCAAUCUAUGGCUGGUGACUGGCAUCGUACCGGACGUGGUGAAAGAAUGUCGGACUGUGUUAAUAUCGAAAUCAUCUCUGCCGGAGCGCCAAAUGGACAUCAAUAACUGGCGACCAAUUACCAUCGGAUCGAUUAUCUUGAGGUUAUUCUCAAGGAUCUUGACGGCAAGACUGGCAAAGGCAUGCCCUAUUAAUCCGCAACAAAAGGGCUUUAUUAGAUCAGUGGGAUGUGCGGAAAAUCUGAAGCUAUUACAACUAUUGAUUAAGAACGCAAAAAAGGAACAUCGACCCUUGGGCGUUGUCUUCAUUGACCUGGCUAAAGCCUUCGACACAGCGGGCAGGCAGGCACGCCUCAAAAACGUGAGAGCAACUCGUUACCCGCAGUCGGUGUACUUUAUCGGUAACGACUUCUUCGGGAAGAGGCGCCGACGCUGCUCUCUCGUCUCUGGACGAGUCGGUGGCCACCGGGAAGGAAAUAUUAACGAGGACAUCUUAAACCAAGUGUACCCGGGGGUAUGGGCUACCGAUGCACCUGGAAGAGCGAAAAGUGCUCCACCUGUUGAAGUUAGGAUCAAGGAAGGCCAAAAGCCGGUAAGAAUUAAACAAUAUCCCCUAAAGAAGGAAGACAAAGGAGGAAUCCGGCCGGUGAUAGAAAAAUUUUUGCAGUUGGGAUUAUUAAAAGAGUGUGAGUCUGAAUUCAAUACCCCUAUAUUACCUGUUGGGAAGCCCUAUGGGUCGUAUCGGGUGGUCCAAGACUUACGGGCAGUGAAUAGGAUAACUGAAGAUCUUUACCCGGUAGUGGCGAACCCAUAUACCCUGUUGACCGUAUUAACACCUGAAUUGACUUGGUUUACUGUUUUAGAUUUGAAGGAUGCUUUCUUUUGCCUCCCUCUCCAUGAAGCCAGCCAAAAAUUAUUUGCAUUUGAAUGGGAAAACCCCAAGAGUGGUCGAAAGACCCAGCUCACUUGGACGGUGUUGCCACAAGGAUUUAAGAAUAGUCCUACCAUUUUCGGCAAUCAGCUUGCGAAAGACUUAGAAACCUGGGAAGCCCAGUCUGAGGAGGGGAAGCUGUUGCAGUAUGUGGAUGACAUCCUGAUCGCCACCAAAACAGAGAAAGAUUGUAUGACGUGGACGGUGAUUCUGUUGAAUUUCCUGGGACUUCAAGGGUACCGGGUAUCCAAGAAAAAGGUACAGGUAAUGCAACGCAAAGUGAAUUAUUUGGGCUAUGAAAUUAGUGCGGGACAAAGAACUUUGGGACAGGCCCGUAAAGAGGCAAUAUGUCAAACUCGGAGACCUCAGACAGUAAAAGAGUUACGGACUUUUCUGGGAAUGACAGGGUGGUGCCGAUUGUGGAUCUAUAAUUAUGGAUUGCUUGUUAAACCACUGUAUGCGUUGACAGCCACUGAGCAGAAACACCUUGAGUGGAACAAGGAGACCGAACGAGCCUUUGAGCUACUGAAAAAGGCUUUGAUGUCGGCCCCGGCCUUAGGACUCCCAGAUGUGAGUAAGCCAUUUCUUCUUUACUCCCACGAGAAGCAGGGCAUUGCCCUGGGAAUAUUAGCACAAAACCUGGGUCCAUAUCGACAGGCAGUUGCCUACCUCUCUAAGCAGUUAGACAUGACUGCAAAAGCGGGAACACAGGAGAACUGGUACAUCAUGACUGUUCGGAAACCAUCGAAGCAACAUACGCCAGUCGCCCAGACCUGA